AUGGUGGGUUUCACUUCAAUCCCUCAAUGGGUACUUCAAGUUCUUACAAGCGAGAAGUUUUUCAACUCAUGUUUGGUUCAUGAGUCCGAGAAGAAAAAUGAGGAAAAUACCUUUUGUUUGGAAUGCUGCAUUUGCUUAUGCCCUCACUGCUUGCCUCCUCACCGAACCCACCAUCUCUUACAGAUACGCAGGUAUGUUUACCAUGAUGUCAUACGGCUGAAAGAUGCUGAGAGGCUAAUGGAUUGUUCCUUUGUUCAAGUAAGCAAAAAGAUGGAACUUGCCGUAGUUACGACUUCCUACACAACAAACAGUGCAAAAGUAGUGUUUUUGAAGCAAAGGCCAAUGACCAGGCAAUUCAAAGGCUCAGGCUGCAUCAUAUGUGGGCGAAACCUCCAACACCCAUUCCUCUUCUGCUCCAUAGCUUGCAAGGUUCAUGACAAGGUAAGCUCCAAAGUGAAUCUAAGAAAACAACAUUUGUACAAAUGUGGAAGUUUAGUGGAGCUCGAAGAUGGCCAAUUGACACCUGACUUGAUCCUUGAACAGCCUAUUUCACUGCGUGCUUCUUCAGUUUCAGGGUCAAGCUCCGGUGGUGCUAACAAUAUAAAUUGUAGAACACUUGUUUGCACUGCAACCAGUGAGUUUGUGAAGAAGAAACGUAGCGCCAUUGCUGUUUCUCGGACUCCUUACCGGCCAACAUGCUCGCCGGCUUCAGAGGUGGCCCCCACUAUGAACCGGCGAAAGUGUACGCCUCACCGGUCGCCGAUGUACUAG